AUGCCAGUCCUCGCGUCCGCCGUCGACGCGAUAGGCCACACGCCGCUCGUGCGGCUCGACCGCCUCACUGCGUCCCUAGGGCUGCGCGGCACCCUGCUCGCCAAGCUCGACAACCUCAACCCGGGCGGGAGCAAGAAGGACCGGCCGGCGCUCGGCAUCCUCGACGAGGCGGCCGCAAGCGGCACCCUGGCGCCGGGGCAGACGGUCGUCGAGCUGACCUCGGGGAAUACGGGGACCGGCCUCGCGAUCGUGUGCGCGGUCCGCGGGCACCCCUUCGUGGCUGUCAUGUCCCGUGGCAACAGCCCCGAGAGGGCACGCAUGAUGGCCGCGCUCGGUGCAGAGGUCGUGCUCGUCGACCAGGCGCCGGGCAGCGUCGUCGGCCAGGUGUCGGGCACGGACCUCGCGCUCGUCGAGGUGCGCGCGCGCGAAGUCGCCGAACAGCGGGGCGCGUUCCGCGCCGACCAGUUCCUGCGCGACGGUAACCCCCAAUCCCACUACGACGGGACGGCGCAGGAGAUCUGGGACGACACGGCGGGCGAGGUCGACGCGUUCGUCGACUUUGUCGGCUCGGGCGGCACGUUCGCGGGCACGUCGCGCCGGCUCAAGGAGCUCAAACCCGACAUUCAGUGCUUCGUCGUCGAGCCGACCGACGCGGCGAUCCUCGCGCACCGUACCGUCGCCAAUCCCGACCACCCGAUCCAAGGCGGCGGGUACUCGAUGCCCGACCUGCGCUUCCUGCACGGCGUGGUGCCGGACGGAUACUUGCAGGUCUCUGGCGCCGAGGCGCGCGACCACGCGCGCCUGCUCGCCACGCGCGAGGGCAUCUUUGGCGGAUACUCGUCCGGCGCGAACCUCGCUGCUGCGGUGCAGGUGUUGCGCCGCCCAGAGAUGGAGGGCAAGACGGUUGUGUUUGUCGUGUGUGACUCGGGGCUCAAGUAUUUGUCCACAGACCUGUGGGCCGAGCUGCCGGAGGAGGCGGACGAGGCGAAGCCUGCCGCCGCCGCUGCAGACACCCUCGCGGACCAGCUAGACAAGACACUAUAA